AUGCAAUUUUUGGUCGCCAUUGUCUCUGUCAUCGGAAUCUGUGAGCGUACAUUCAUAAAGGAAGGGGGGGUGUACUUUAUUAUCUCGCAUGUGCUUGGCUACCGAAUCGGCGCAGCCGUCAGUAUCACUUAUUGCCUUGGGCAGGAUGGACUGCAAUAUCGAUCUCACCUUGGUCUUAUCAACACACCCAGCUGGACUAGAACGUUGACAAUGCUGCGACUGAUCUCAACACAGUUAUAA